UCCUCGAGAACCUUAUUAUAUAGAUCUCAUUUUGGAUCUCAUCGCAAAAUGUUCAAGUUCAACUUCGACGUAGAGGACGAUACCGAACAAAUUCCAGACAGCCUUGAUGUAAAUCGAACAUCACAAAAUCAUGGCCCUACUUCUGCACAGGUAGUUGUCCCAGACGCAUUCACCGAGCUCUCUCUCGCAAACGCGCUAAACAGCCUACCAUCCAAAAUAUCUUUCUCUCCAAUCACGAUCCCACUUGCCAGCGGAGGUGAACUUUCACUUCCACGUCGUGAUCUGUUCGAUGCGAGGUUUCAAUUGAUCUCACAAAAUGCCGACGACCCGGAUGCGUUGGAGCAACCGUCUAUUUCCAACGCACGGUCUGCGCUGCAAUUUUUUGAUGCACCCUCCGACCUUGUGCCUCUCGUCUAUGAGGGCGGCUUGAAGACUUGGGAAUGCAGCCUUGAUCUUGCUAGCUAUUUAGAUGGUAUAGGCUCGCAGUUUGAUGUGCACGGCAAGCGCGUGUUAGAGAUCGGAUGUGGUACAUCGAUACCGUCGCUCUACAUUCUCCAUCGAAUAUUUUCUUCCCCGCCUUCUCAGAACCAGACGCAUAUCCACCUCCAGGACUAUAACGCCUCCGUUUUGGAGUUGGUGACCAUUCCCAACAUUAUUCUGACCUGGUAUCUGUCAGAGGCAGCGGAGACAUACCGCAAGUCGGAGGAGGAACAUGCAGACCACUCUCCUUUGGAGUUGAACAUCUCUGAGAACCUCAAAGAUGCAUUCCAUCAGUCCUUGACGACUUACGGAGUCCAUUUACGUUUCUUCUCUGGUUCAUGGGGCACGUUCAGCCUCGAAAGUUCAGGCGGAAGCUAUAACCUGGUGCUAACAUCCGAGACGAUAUAUCGUAUGGAGUCUCUCCCGAGCCUUGCUACUAUCAUGCGCGGUGCUUGCAACGCUGAAGGCCCUAAAGGUGUGGACGAUUACCUCUGUCUUGUAGCUGCAAAGGUGCUCUACUUUGGCGUAGGUGGCGGGGUAGCAGAGUUUGUGCGAUGUGUACGAGAUUUGGAUAAUGGAGGGACGGUUGAGACUGUAUGGGAGAAAACACAGGGGGUCGAAAGGAGGGUGAUGAGUGUUAAAUGGAAUUGACAAUGUUAUUUGAUGAAGGGAGUUUUUACCUGCGAGAUGAAACGAAAGGAUGAUCAUAUCGAUGGGACAUGGCAUGACUUGGAAAUGGCAAGAG